AUGACGACGCGUUCUGAAAGAGAAAAAGCCCAGAAACUGAAUGAGCAGCAUCAGGCCAUUCUAUCGAACCUGCUGAGAGAGGACGAGAACAAAUACUGUGCCGACUGUGAGGCAAAAGGUCCUCGGUGGGCCUCAUGGAACCUUGGUGUAUUCAUGUGCAUCCGCUGUGCUGGAAUCCACCGCAACCUGGGUGUCCAUAUCUCCAGAGUCAAAUCUGUCAAUCUUGACCAGUGGACCCAAGAGCAGAUGCAGAGUAUGGUGGACAUGGGUAACGGUCGGGCCAAGCAGAUCUACGAAGCCCACCUUCCAGAGAACUUCAGUCGCCCGCAGACUGACCAAUCUGUGGAAAUAUUUAUCCGUGACAAAUAUGAGAGGAAAAAAUACUAUGACAAGGAGGCUCUGGAUACAAUCCUGAAGACAACUGAAGGUGCUCCUCACGCCAACUCUCCGUCCUCCCAGGCUGACAGGAGUAAGCAGGAGAAGGAACGUGAAAAGAAGAAAAAAGAGAAGGAUUUAGAAAAAGCAGAGCAGCACAACAUAAAGUCUGAGUCAAGAGCCAGUCCCAAGAAAAGUAAAGAGGCUGAUGUGGACCUUUUGGGCCUGGAUGAUCCAGAAAAUCACGGAAAAGGUCGAACAAUGAAUGAUGAGUUAGACAUCUUUGGACCAUUGGUCUCCAACCCUCUUCCCUCUUCUAAUACAGCACAAGCUAAGCGCUCAAUUCAGUCAUCAGAUCCCCCCACCUCAUCAUCUUCCUCCUCUACCUCCACCUGUACAACCACAAGGGCAGAGGAGAAAAAGCUUUUAUCAAAAGACUCCAUCCUGUCUCUGUACGCCACCAGCUCAGUGGGCAGUCAGCCACAGAGCCAGCAACAGCCUGCUACUGGGCAAGGAAUGCACACUGGGCAGCCUCAGAUAGCACAGCAGGGUUUCAACAGUACCAUGAUGGGAGGAGGAGCCAUGAUGUCAGGCAUGACUCUACCAAAUGGCAGCUUUGUGGACAUGCAGCAGAAUGUGAUGUCAGCCACGCAAGGACAGAACAUGCAAAGUGUUCAGCAAGGACAGUGGAGCAUUGGCCAGUUAUCCCAGCAGAUGUCUGGCAUGGCCACAAAUGGAGGUGCAGCAGCAUCGGGCGCCCCCGCAGCUAGUUGGUCCCCAGCUUCAACCGCUUCUGGACAGACCCUCAGCACUCAACUGUGGAAGUGA